GAUACGUCGCCGCACAGGCGCAGUGCGUGUACUAUGGCAUCGUGUCCAGGCUGCCGAUGGUUGCGCGUGUAACUCUGACAGACUACCGAGGCACCGUGCUGCUCGACAGCUACGUCCGCCCUACACAGCCGGUCUGUGAUUAUAGAACGGCCGAAACGGGGUUGCAGCCGCACCACCUCGCCGAUGCGCCCGUGUUCAUCGACGUCCAGCGCCAGGUCGCGUCUAUCAUCAAGGACAAAAUCCUCGUGGGCUACGCCUUGUGGGAGUUUCUCUCCGUAAUGAACCUGGCCCACCCAGCGAUCAACACCCGCGACACCGCCCUAUUCAUGUCCUUCCGUCGCACGCUCAACCAGAAGCCGAACGCCAUCAUCCCCCUCCAGACCCUCGUCAAGCACUUCAUGGGCAGGGACAUUGGCCAAAACGGCGAGGUUCCGGUGGAACGGGCUCGGGCCGCUCUAGACCUCUUCCGCUCCUGCGAGCAGACCUGGGAGGGCAUCAUUGCCACCGGGGCGUGGCCGUGUGCGCUGCCCCCCGCCGACUACCGCAACUUCUUCACCUGA